AUGACCCCGGACACCGCUGUCCUUACCACUGGCUCAUCGGUUCAGGCAUCACCAGAGCCCUUGCCUGCCUUGGAUGAAGAUCUGUGCCCUCCUCCUUUCCAAUUGCCGGAGUCCAUUAUUACCCGGGAGACGAGCCUAAACUCACAAGGACAGAGUGUGACGAGCAAUCCAAAUGUGAUCCCUGAGACCCCCGGAGUGAGCACCAGUCUUCCAAAAACCACUAGCCUGAUCCGCAGAAUUUCUAGCCGGGCAUCAAGAACCAUCACAAACAGGAGGAGACAAUCGUCCGCGACUCCCCAUAGUCGCGAUACGAGCGUUGGGCCUUGCUUGCUAAGGCGACGCAGUGAUAGCAAUACAACGGCUCCUCCCGAUUUCCCCGUUGGCGCAAUUGAUUCCGAAUCUGACGCCGAUGAGCGGGAUGAUCUCCCUUCUUUAAGAAUCGCCCUAGGCCAUGACGGAGCCAUUCGAAGCCCUCAUACUCCGAGCACCCCUGCUUCAAUCGCAUGUAGUUCAACAACCAGUCUGGCUGGACCAGUGAUUCCCCUUGAGUUACAGCGAGGAACAUGGGUGACAAAGGUCUCCAAAAAGAGUCGCCCAAAGCGGGUCUGCCUCGUUUUUGAUGCGGAUUCAAGCCGUCUCCUCUGGGACAAGAAGCGUCCAAACAAGUUCGUGCAUCUGGAUGAAAUCAUGGCUGUACGCAGUGGCUCGGAUGUUCAGCAGUACGGUCUUGAUCUCAACAUGUCGGGCGUUUCGAAUUUGUUCACUGUUAUCUAUUCUGCGCCAAAGAGAGAGAACAAAAUCAUGCAUCUCAUCACCGAGAGCCCAGAAACCUGUAAUGUCUGGACAGCCUUCCUGGACGCUAUGCUCAAGCACCGCCAAGAGCUGAUGAUCUCGCUCAUGUCCUUCGAUGACAAUGCAAUCGCCCAGUACUGGCAGUCAGAGAUGUCAAGGCAGUUUGGAGAGCAACCACGCUCAGGCGAGGACGAAGAACUGGAUAUCGCCGCAGUGAAGAGGGUUUGUCAGAAGUUGCAUAUUCACAGCUCGUCGUUGAUAGUGGAGAGAAACUUCCACCUCUCUGAUGCUAGACAACGCGGCCGGCUGAACUUUGCCGAGUUUCUGACCUUUGUUCGCAGAAUCAAUCAAAGACCAGACGUCCAACGCAUCGUCCGCAGCAUUGCGAGGGAUCCCGAGCUCGGAAUUACACUGGAGGAAUUCCUUCGCUUUGUGCAGGAUGUCCAAGGGGAGGAUAUCAGCUCUAAUCGUCUCUUGUGGGAGAAGAAGUUUGCGCUUCUCUCACGGAGACCCAAGGGCGAAUCGGGCCCAAAGCCGGAAAAGCCAGAAGUUCAGCGUAUGUCUGAGGCGGCAUUCGUUGGGUUCCUAACUUCGAAGCAAAACAGCCCUCUUCUGGAGGAGCCGCAGCUAUUUACUCUGGAUCGACCAAUGAAUGAAUAUUUCAUCUCGAGUUCGCACAACACCUACCUGCUUGGCCGCCAAGUCAAGGGCCGAUCCAGUGUAGAGGGCUACAUAGCCGCCCUUGUACAAGGAUGUCGGUGUGUUGAGGUUGACUGUUGGGAUGGCCCGGAUGGGCAGCCACAGGUGGUGCACGGACGAACCCUCACAACUGCCAUCAGCUUCAGGGAGGUUAUGACAACCAUCAGCAAAUAUGCCUUUGUUAAGACGCUCUUCCCGCUGUGGAUUUCACUGGAAGUUCACUGCAACCCGACCCAGCAAGCCAUCAUGGCGGAGAUUAUUAAGGAAUCAUUUGGAUCACGUCUGGUGACAGAGCCACUGGAUCCUGAAUCAGACAAGUUGCCCUCUCCAUCCCAGUUGAUGGAACGUAUUCUCAUCAAGGUCAAGAAGCCCCGACCGCGCGAGGAGCCUGUAGAUACAGAACCUCGUGGUCGCAGAAGAGGCAACAGUCUUAACUCAACUCUGAACUCGCCUCGAUCCCGUUCCAUAUUCGGCGAUAGCUCUGGAUUCAGCCCCUCUCAAUCACUGCCACAGAGCCCGCUGCUCACCCCUAGCCACUCAUCUCGUCGACUAGUGAACAAAGCUCGUGUGAAUACCAUUACCGAGGGCGAGGUCCCAGUCGAGCUACUGAAUAGUAGCAAUAGCGACAACGAGAGUGGUAGUGAAGCCGGCUCUACGGCACACUCCUCGAACAGCACUGUUCGGGUGCUGGGAGAAUUGGGCGUUUACUGUGCCGGAGUCAAGUUCCAAGGAUUCGACAUGCCUGACGCAAAGAAUUAUAACCACAUCUUUUCCUUCAUGGAGUCUAGCUUCGCAAAGAACUCACGCGAGGAUAAAAUGGCGCUCGACUUGCACAACAUGCGAUACCUAAUGCGAGUAUAUCCAGACGGGAUCAGACUUGGAUCAAGCAACUUCGAUCCGUUGAUUUACUGGAGACGGGGAGUACAGAUGGUUGCUCUGAAUUGGCAGACGAACGACAUUGGGAUGCAGCUUAAUCGUGCCAUGUUUGAAGGAGGCACAGACUCGUCAGGUUACGUCCUCAAGCCAAAGGAGCUCCGCGAUAUUCAGGUUCUGCCAUUCAACCUGGAUAUUGCCGAAGGGAAAAAAGAGCGAUCUGUGGUCUCAUUCAACAUCGAUGUUCUAUCAGCACAGCAGCUGAUGCGUCCUGCAAACCUCGCGUCGAACAAGGCAAUGAAUCCAUACAUCGAGAUAGAGGUAUUUGAUGGACGAGCUUUCGGGCGCAAGUCGGAAUCCAGGCUUAGCAACAUGCUCUCCACACCACUUAAAGUUCAAACUGAGGUCGUUCGCGAGAAUGGUUUCAACCCUAUGUUCAACAAUGGGCAAUUCCCAUUCAGGGUGGUUACUAAACACCCAGAGUUUGUCUUUGUUAAGUUCACCGUGAAACUUUCCGCCAACGGCGAGAGCCACAGCAACAAGGACAACGGUGUUGCCUCAUGGACAGUCAAGGUAUGCAAUCUUCGCCAGGGAUACCGCACCCUGCCGCUCGAGAAUGGCGAGGGUGUUCAGUAUCUCUUCUCCUCGCUGUUCUGUAAGAUUCGAGUUGAUCCAAUACAAAAAACAUAUGUUGAGGAUCUCCCUGCCGUCAGCGAAGGUGGCAAAUUCAAGAGCCUGGGCGGCAAGAUGUUCAAUCGCAUCAAUACCAGUCCCAGAAGCACUAUCGACAAGUCGACUGCGGAAAAAUCCAGCUUUGACAGCUAG